UCGCCGCGAUCGUUUCGCGAGACCGGAUAUCGCGUUUAACCCGGACUCGAAAUCAUUUGGUGGUCUUUAUUUGUUCUGUGAGCCGUAAUUGUGCGGUCAAACAUAUUGUGCGUAUAAAUCGACGUUAAAGGGGGUUGAAAAGAAGGAAAGAAUGAAAGAGAGGGAGAGAGAAAAACAAGCCGAAAUAGCAUUUUCAUCUUUCUUUGUUUUGGAUUUUCGAUAAUUUUACGGAAUCCUGUUUAUUCUGAUUUCCGGUUUUUUCUGAUUUUCUACACCCAGUCGUUGAGUAAACUACGCUGUCUUAAAAGUGGUUCAGGUCUCAUGGUGCCAGUGAAUUGAUGGAUCAAAACUUGAAACCGUUAUUCGUGGUUUAAUUGAAGGACAAACUUUUUGUGUAGUCGGUGGGUGAAUCUGUGCUAAAUGUUAAAAAUAAAAUAAAACUAAGUACACAAACAAUCGUUAAAAUAAUAAAAUAAAAUUCGUGCAGUAAAAUACCUUGUGAUCACCGACGAGAGAAUUACGAAAAAUUGUAUCAUUGAUUCGUGUGUGGUUCGACACAAUUAAACGACAUUACUGAGAGUAAUUAAAUAAAAUUAAUAAAAAAAAAAAUAAAAAAAUAAAUAAAAUAAUACAAAGGUUAAUUAGGAACGUGGAAUGAUGUGAGGAUUUGCUCCGGAAUGUGAAAUAUGCCCGACGGAGAAGAUAGUGUUAUAAAUAGCAAGAAUACCGGCUAGCUGAGCAGAAAUAAAGGGUCAUCACCAUAUCCCAUGGACCAGAGAAAGAAGGACCAUCUGAUAACGGGCUUAUCUUCUAUGGAUACGGAGGGCCUUCCUUUCGGGUCUACGUAGAACGAGGAGAACCAGAGCCGAGGACUGCAGGGUUCGGGUCAAGAUGAACGGGACAGAAGGACCUCCUGAGGGCUGAGCGCGGAACGUUAAGGCGCGGAGAUGUGGCCAAGCACAGCUCUUCGAGUCUUAGACGUUUUCGUCAUUUUGACCGCUAUGACGACGGUCGCGUCAGAGUUGGGAACUGGUGAGGUCCCUGGGGACAUCGGUCACUCAACGAACGAGAAAACGGAUGAAAAAUACGGGCCGACCGGCUUCUCAACCAUCGAAACCGACUUUGAGGAAUAUUUCAAGGUACAGGAUUCGAGCUCGGAAAAGUCGAUGAGCGACGAAUUCAUCCUUUCAACGUUGUCCCCCGGCACUGAUUCCGUGAUAGAUAAUUCAGCGACGGAUGCAGGAGCGACUAAACUUUCUCUGGACUUGAUCACGCGCGAUUUUGACCACCAGGAAUAUUCCGGACUGUCGCGGGAUCAGCAGAAUGAAAUUCUUGCCGGUGAUCCGAGCGACUUAGACUCGGAGAAUCGAGGAUUUUCCGAACCAGCAAACAACUCCGGUGUUUCCUUCUCCGUCUUGGAGGUUAACACAGAAUGGACUGCGUCUCCAAGUCUCGAUACAGUUCUGCUGCCCGAAAACGUGAGGGCGAUAUCCUUUCAAAUCCCGGGAUCCAGGGGCACGAAUGAAAGAAAUCCCGCAGGUGGCGAACGCAAAAGUGUCUCCGAUUUCGGUACGGAGAUUAAAAAACCACUCGCGGAUUCCGAGGAGAUCGGACGGACUUCGGGGUCCAAAGGGUCCUACUCGAAGAUAGUUUUUGAGGGGAUUAAUCCCAAGGGAAAGAGCGGUGACCAUUCGGGGCAGCAGAAAAACCAGAUCAUCCCAAAGUCAGCGAAGGCAUUCUACGAAAUUAAGUCCUCGAUGACUACUGAGGCCGUCAUUGACUCUGACAAUUUUCAUGAUCCCAGCACUCACGCUAAUCCACGAAAGUUUACUUUUCCAACCAUACCGUGGAUGGCCAGUGCCAUGGGAAAAUAUGGACCGUAUUUCGAGGACGGACCCGGGGACACAAAUAUCACUGCCAGAAUCGGCUCAACGGUGCUUCUCGACUGUAAAAUUGGCAUGCUGCACGACAAAACGGUGACCUGGGUGCAGCACAUCAAGGAUUCGAUUCACCUUCUAACAGUCGCCAGGCAGGUUUACAGCGCCGAUCAGCGAGUCAGCCUCAGUUUUCGGUAUCCCAGUAACUGGAGGCUGCAAAUACAGUACGCAUCGCUCAGGGAUUCUGGUCUUUACGAAUGUCAAGUCGCGACGCAUCCACCUAGGAUAAAAAAAAUAAACUUGAUUGUAACUGCACCGGUCUUAACAAUAGUCGACGAUGCUGGAAGAGUCGUCGCCGCUGGGGAAAGACACCUCAAAGCCGGAAGUGUUUUGAAGCUCAGCUGCGAGGCUAGAGAUGUUCGCGAAGACGAGGGCGAGUCUCUUGUGUGGACCAGGGGGGAUGAAACCCUCACCGAAAACGUCAGUGAAAAUAAAACGAUGGAGUACAUCGGUGAGAUGGAAAUCCACGUAGUCGUGAGCACUGUGUCCGUCGAUAAAGCUACGCCAAGGCACGCUGGAAACUACAGCUGUUCUGUCCCCGGACGGACCAAAUCAACCGUUGUGGUCCACGUGCUGAACGGUGAGCUUCCAGCCGCUGUUCACGACGGAAACGGAGUUUCUCACGCUGUCCUCAAUCUAUGGUUGGUUCACCUUACCAUCAGCUACGUUUUCUCGAGAUGACAGUAUUAAGAGAACGGUGGCUAAACUCUUCGGCCGCGCGGGUAGACAAAGCAACGUACUUAAAUCGUUGGACAGAUAUGGACUACUAAAGAAAAUUUCAGGUCUGUCCUAUUACAUGUAGGUAUAUAUAUAUAUAUAUAUAUAUAAUAAUAAUAAUAAAUAUAAAUAAUAUAUAUAUAUACAUUCAAACUCGUAUCGAUACUAGUCCAUUCGUUUGCUCGAUCUUAUCGAGUGAACUGAAAUUUAUAUAUACAUAUAUACAUAUAAACACAUAGCUGUGGUGUGUGAUAAAGAACGGGACGAGAGAAGUUGGCAACGGAUCGAGAGCUUUCUACAAUUCACCUCAGCCUGUUGCUACCGCCAUUACAUACCUAUACAAGUGUGAUCAAAGAGAUGUCUAAUAUUAAAAUUGAUGAUAAUUACAGUAACGAUUUCAAUAGUUAAUAACAGUUAAAUUUAAAGUGAUAUGGAAUUAUGGCUAGGUCAGGACUCGGACCAAUGACCAAUAAAAACAAUUUAGUUGAGAAUUUUCAUGCAGAGCUGACGUCAUCGUUGGUGCUAUCGAUUUAAUUGAACUACAGUAUAGGUAUACAUACGCUAUUACAUGGUAUCAUAUAUGUAUAUUGUAUAUUAUAUAUUACAAUGAAAAAAACCACUUACCUAGCUGAUCGUACGAAAACACUACACGUACAGGGUGUUCCGCGAAUGUCAACAUUGGCUACAUAUUUCUUGAUGAAAGCGAUGCGGGUGGUUUGGUUUAAUUACAAAAGCUUCCAAGCAAUCGUAUCAUAUCAGUUAAGUUUAUCACUCAAACGUUAUUACGCAGAUAAAAUUUGUUGUUUACUGCUGUUAAUUUUUAACCUUACAUCAUAGUUCGUUGCUAGGCCGAUCGAACGAAUUCAUCUGGUGGACCAUAACUUGACCUUUUAAUUAGCAUAUUAUUGCACCGAGUCAACUUUUACGUCGUGAUAGUAUUCUAUGAUUUUUGGAAACACUGAUUGCGAAUCUGAAAUCACGUUUAAAAACUUCAAGAUCGCGGAUCCAAUAUGGAGGACGAAAAUUUCAAAUUCGAUCGAGUGUGGUCAAAAAACUCCGUGCAGGGGUUUUCGGGAUCGCUGAUUCGAUAUGUCAUACUGAAUUUUCGAAAGCUGAUUUCAGAUUCGUAAUCAGUGACCCCAAAAACUGAUAAUUUAUGUAAAACAUGAAUGUGUGUAGACGGGUAACUUUCUCGGAUGUAAAUUAUUUGUUUCUAACAGUAAUUCACAUUAUAUCGCAAUAAUUGUUCUCGAGUACUGAAAACCUAUCAGUAUACUAUCAGACAUAGCAAAAAAAUCGCAGAGAAAUAUGUUGAAAAGUUCUCUAAAUGUACACAAAAAUGGUUAUAAAAUAAACGGAACGAAUAUUUACCGCUAUGACUCAAAGGGUUAAGAAGAUCUGUCCUUAAAUUUCAACCUUGCAUUUUUAUUUGUAAAUGUUUUUUUUUUUAUUUUCACAAUUUCAGAACACGGGUGGUUUUAUUUAACAACAUAUUCUCACGUCACUAUAUUUCUCGAAUAAUUACCCACAUACUUUAUUCUCUAAAAGUCUUGAUUUAAAUUCCGCAGUGCAAAUAUAUAAAAGCUUCCUCUUGUCAAAUGUCAAGAGCUUUGCAAUACUGGUUUCAUUUUUGUUUACUGUCGGCAAUUUCCGUAUCAGUCAAGUAGAAAAAAAGAAAUGUCAGAAAAAUGUACCCUGGAGCUACCUUCGGAUAAUACCUGAUAAAUAUUUAUGUGUCUAUACCAACGUAUUAAAUGUUACCUGGAGGAGUGAAUUUCGAAGAAGUGAAAAAAAUUCACGUCUUACGCACAACGCAUGUAUAUACAAUACAUUCAUGGAAUAUACUAUAGGAUGCAUGUGCGUAUUUAUGUACAAUACAAUAUAAUUACAAUGAGAAUAAUAAUGAUUAUAAUAAUAAUAUGAAUAAUAAUAACAAUAAUAAUAAUAGGAAUAAGAAGAAUAAGAAGAAGAAAAAGUAUAUUAAUAAUAACAAUACAAAGACAUUUCGCGUCUGACGAACUUUCGUGUCGCAAACAGUGAAGAUUUUAUCAUAUCGUGUACUAAUGUAAAGCAAUUUAAGAAUAAUUAUAUUUCUUUGUAAAUUAGUAUACAUGAUAUACAUAUAUGUAUAUGUAUAUAAUAGAUAUGAACAUACAUGUAGAUGUACUUCUGUUAUUCUGUUGUUGUCACUAUAUUAUUGUAAAUUUAAUUGAAUAUAAGGAAUUAAUGAGGGGGUUAUAUAUUACAUUCUAAAUGCUAAGUAUAAUAAUUCCCGCAUCUGAAAUCUGUUUAUUCGAUACUACAUGUACAAUAAUACAUGUAUAAUAAUAAUACCUGUAAGACUCAAUCGUCACAAUAGUAUAUAUAUAUAGUGUCACAAUUUUUUAUAUAUGACAAGAGUGUGUUACGCGUUUUUUUCACGAAGUACGAAACUGAGGUUAGGAUUGCAUAAUGUCAGAUUUGUUUGCAACUGCGCAUGCGCGGAGUACAGGAAAAAUCACAAUUUACUUCCAAGAUUCCCAGGCAUUAUCUACCGUUAGAUAACCGGGUACUUCGUGUACAUAAAACACGCGUGAAGAAACGCGUAAAACAUGCUCGUGUUGUAUAAACACAUUUCCUCGUGGGAUGACGGAAACUUGAGGAAAAAAAAGAAAACUUGAAUAUUUACAACUGAAACGCUUGUCGCGUACCUUCGGAAGUGGGAAGACUGGGAUUUAAGAUCAUGUAGUAGCCCUACCCUUACCGACCGAGCAAACUCACCCCUUUUCUCCCCACCUUAAAUAAGCAAACGAAUGGAAAGGGUUAAAAUUUUGACGGUGCAUCGCUCUUUUCUGGCAGAAUUCAGGAAAGUUAAUUAUAUCCCGAAAAUCGUUAAAAAAAAAUGUCUGACCUUUUGACACAUGUUACCAUUUCCCACAUUUUCCACAUUUCAGGGGUCAAAAAGUGCAUAACUGAAAUACUUUGCGCAAUUCCGGAAAGAAUGAGGAGUAAAAUGGGCCGUCAUGAGAAUUUUCAUGCAAUAUUGCGGCUGCUAAACGAGAACUACGAAUUACAAUAAUUUCGUAAAUAAAAGAUGCUCUCAAGAUCAGCUGGCCAACGGCGGAAAUUUGAACCCUAUCCGUACGUUUGUUUAUUUAAUAUAGAAAGAAUAAAAGUGAGUUUACUCGGUCGGUAAGGGUAGGAGUACUACCUGACCUUAAGAGCAUUCGUGCAUACGAUGCUUGCCAAGGUACGCAACCAACGUGUGUACCUUACGACUGGCUAUCCAAUGUCAAUGAUACAUAUUUACGACUGAUGUCAGCCGGUAGUAAACACUGUACAUUAUAAGUUCUCACCGACUAUACUUAACUCGAGGAAUACACAAGUUUUUAUGUUCACGUGGUCGGAGUUCUCUCUGCAACAACACCGACGAUUGUUUGUAACUUGAUAAUUAUAUUAAAGCGGGAUCAUUAA